UUUCUUAUAGACGCGUAAGUGGAUCGCUGACUUCAUUUUAAGAAUAUCUUAAACAUGUUUUAUUCGACUUCAUAUGUGGUGUUUUAUCACAAAAAGAUCUAGUGCCGUCUUCAGAUUCAUUGUGUUGAUGAAAUACGGAACAUAACUUCGUCUUUUUUCAUCGAACUAACGGGCAUGUUAGAUAAACUCACAUAAAACAUGCCUUCACUUUUAAUAUACAACUUACAAGGAUUUUAAUUAAUUACUUUGGAUUAAGUUGCACUUUAAAGGAGGUGAAAUAAAAUACAGGUUACAAUACUGCAUGUAACUCGUGGAAUGAAUGUCGUGUAAACAAGGGGGGAGCUUUUCUUCAUCGGCGUCGACAGCGGUGACCACAUAUGACCCUGACGUUUACCUCAUAGCACCGACAGAAAGACACAGCGAUGGAAUUCUGAAUCAAUGCCCUAGUAUUGAAAUCCCCAUGCCAAAGAAUCGAAGAGUGUCCGGAAUUUUGAAUAUUCUGAUUACAAACGACAUUGUUCUGUUUGGAACGUUGAUGUGUCGAUGAAACAUAAAUAAGAAUUUUCAAAGUUGGAAUGAGAAAACAAUGCGAUAAAUUUAGCAAUUCUCUCUUGUUUUAUGGUUACGCCGGCUGUGUUAGAGAUUUGAAUCGCAUCCUUAUUAGCGAAUACUGAAUGACAACUGUAGAUGAUUACAAUUAUACGUUUAACUGCUACACCUCACACAGCUCCCGGAGGCAAAAGAAAUGGGGAAAAAAUAAUUAAACUGGCCUAAUUGAUAUGGUAUUUCAGAGGCGAGAGACAGAGAGGAGAAAUCAUUAUUUCAGACACAGCGCUUCCAAUUAAAGAAUUUAGUGUGAAGAUGUUUGUCAGGGAAUAUCAAUGACUUCUUUGUGCAUGCCAUGGAAUUCCUACUGUGCAAUGUCGCUUUUUGGACUGUCGUAAUAAUUCCACAGACGGUUUACGGCAGAGGGUGCUAUCAAGAUCCGAAGGUGUACAUUGUUAAACUAAGUUACGAGAAACAACUGGUUCUUCUAUUGAAGGCGAAGGAGACAUGUCUUACGACAAGGAAGAUCCCCAAUACAGCGAUAUCAGGUUCUUACUGCAAUCAAACCUUCGAUAAUGUCGUCUGCUGGCCCGACACAAGGGCGGGAACUGUGGCUGAACAAAACUGCCCUAACUACAUUAACAACUUCGACACACGAGCAAAAGCUCGGCGUGAGUGUUUACCAAAUGGCCAAUGGUACGUAAACCCUUACUACAAUCAAACAUGGACGGACUUCACAGAGUGCCAACACACGAACGACCCUCCGGUGUCUCUUGUGCAUCACCUUCCGGGGAUAGACAAACUCAAUUUUAUCGGGUAUUCCAUUUCCCUAACCUGUCUGGUUGUCGCCGUGGGAGUCAUGAUUAAAUUCAGGUGAGAUUCAGAGAGCAAUUCAUCUAUAAAAUUACUCCAAUUACUUAAUUA